CUCACAAGCUAGCAAAAUAAGUAAAAAAAAAAAUAGACGUGUUUGGAACAUUUCUUUCCGAAGGGAAAAAUGCUAAGUGAAUAAGACAGACAACUUCCAAGAAAAACAAAGUUAUUUCCCCACAUAAAAGUCUUUAAUUCCCGCAUUUUUUGAGGAGCUUUGUGAAGAGAUGGACGCGGAGCACACACACGGAUGGAUAUAAGAUGCGUCUCCGGAGCGAAAAUGAAUUACGAGAGCCGCUGCAAACAUUUCUCUCAGGAAAAAAUGUCGCAAAACUGCCUUACAUGGGUGACCUAUUCAUCCUCCUCAGUGGAAAAUGGCAACUGUCUUCGAGAGGACAGAUGGACUGGAUUUGAGGGGACGGCGUGUGAACAGAAGCAUAUUUGACACGUUUCAAACAUUAGUUUUUAGAUUUUGUGUGAGAUUGAGCCUUCGCUCUCACAGCUGGUGCACGAUCACGUGUCUUUGCUCUGAAAAAGAGUCCGAGCGCUGCUUCCCAACCAAAAAGAACCCACGAACUGCCAGGUGAUGGAUCCGUGACCCAUUAAUCAACAAAACCCGGCGAAUCCAGCAUGUCCGCGCAACUGCUGGAAAUCGACAGUACCUUGAAAAGUAUUUUCGCGACAACAACUCUGCAGAUGUUCCGGAUUAAAGUCGCGACAGAAUACCCGGAGAUCGCCACUGAAGCACUGAAAACCCAGUUUUGCCAUUUCCGACAUCUUCUCUGUGUCGAGCGGGAUUUUCUGGAGCGACAGCAACCAAAACAUAAUCAACACACUUUGGGUGUCAUUGUCUCGCGUUACCCCCCAAAUGAGACCGUCUCGUUGCGGAGAAACAAGCUCACGUGUUUGCGUUGUUUAUGACCGAGGAAGAUGAGCGCCGACGUGGGUCCGAUCGAGCCAUAAACGCGGCUGGCCGGCUGAAACCGAAGUCACAAAACAUCCAAGAGGGAAGGAGGGGGCGAUAUAUGAAUACAUACGGCACCCCGCUUCCCAUCUCCACGGCAACCGAGUUUCUGCGAGGAGACCCGGCCGAGCCGUCGCCGCCGGCGUCGGAGUGAGUGAGUGAGAGGAGGACAAAAAAAACGCCAAGGAAGCAACACGGCUUGAUGAUGUUCCGCCACCCUCGGCGCACGUCUUUCGCUGUCUUGUAAUGCGCAAAUCGCCGCCGAUGUUCAACAAGUCCAAAUCGGCUCCAGCUUGGCUCCUUUGACUUUAUUUCCGUCAUCAUUCCAAAGCUUUACGUCGCUCACGUUUGCAAAAACCACCCGUGACCCCCCCCCCCCUUUCCCCUCCGAUUCCUCGGCACCGCCUCGACCGCGGAUCAGCUCUCCGACCCCCGGAGAUCCCCCCCACCCCCCCACCCCCUCGCAGCCUUCAAUUUUCCCCGUGUGCGACUUCCUGCGCCCGCCCGCCCUCCAUCCGAGGCUAUGAGAGGAGGACUCGAAUCCCAGCUCACUCCAUCAUGCCAGUUGUGAAGAGCCGAGAGGAGAUCCGGGCUGGCGAUGUUCAAGGGACGGCAUUUACACUCCUCCGCGAUGCUUGUCAGCCUCCCCACGUCCCCCUCCUGCCCUCCGGUCAUGCACCUUCCCUCCUCCUCGCCCUCCUGCCCCCGUCGUCCUCCCGCCGCGCCCCUAAAACGGGCCUCGCGACUGUUCCUGCUCUUCCUCGUCUUCUUUCUGCUCCUGCGGCCCGUUUGCGGGGCCCGGGGCAGGGGGGGCGGAGCGGGCUCAGGACCGGGAGGCGGCCCGAGGGGAGGCGGCACGCAGCGCGGCGUGGUCUUCCCCCCUCAAUAUUCCCCCGGCCCCCAGUCUCUUCCCCCGAUCAACCCCAAACUCAUCAGCUCCCUCAGCAUCGCCGUCAUCUUGGUGGGCAACUCUAGUGAAGUGGCCCUGGGGGCGGGACUGGAGAAGGAGGACUUCCUGCAUAUCCCCUACCCCCCGAAGGUGGAGGUGGUCACCAUGAACGAGACCGACCCGAAGAGCAUCAUCAAUCGGAUCUGUACGCAGAUGUCCAGGAACUCCCUGCAGGGCGUGGUUUUCGGCGACGACACGGACCAGGAGGCCAUCGCUCAGAUCCUGGACUUCAUCUCGGCCCAGACUCACAUCCCCAUCCUGGGCAUCCGAGGGGGCUCCUCCAUGGUCAUGGCAGCCAAGGACGACAACUCCAUGUUUUUCCAGUUCGGCCCGUCGAUCGAGCAGCAGGCCUCGGUCAUGUUGAAUAUCAUGGAGGAGUACGACUGGUACAUCUUCUCCAUCGUCACCACGUACUACCCGGGCUACCAGGACUUUGUCAAUAAGGUCCGCAGCACCAUCGACAACAGCUUUGUGGGCUGGGAGCUGGAGGAGGUCCUGCUGCUGGACAUGUCAGUGGACGACGGGGACUCCAAAAUCCAGAACCAGCUGAAGAAACUGCAGAGUCCGGUCAUCCUGCUGUACUGCACCAAGGAGGAGGCCAGCACCAUCUUCGAGGUGGCUCAUUCCGUGGGGCUCACCGGCUACGGCUUCACGUGGAUCGUUCCCUCGUUGGUGGCCGGAGACGCGGACCACGUGCCCGCUGUGUUCCCGACGGGGCUGAUCUCGGUGUCGUACGACGAGUGGGAUUACAACAUUGAGGCCAGGGUGCGUGACGCCGUAGCCGUCAUCGCCACGGCGACCUCCACCAUGAUCCUGGACCGGGGGCCUCACACCCUGAUGAAAUCCAGCUGCUUCGGAACGCCCGACAAGAAGAACGCCAACGCCGGCCACUCCAAGGAAAUACUCAGGUACAUCAUGAAUGUGACGUUUGAAGGGCGUAACCUGUCGUUCAGCGAAGAGGGCCACCAGAUUUUCCCCAAGCUGGUCAUCAUCCUGCUGGACAAGGACAGACAGUGGGACAGGGUGGGCAAGUGGGAGAAGGGCUCUCUGGCGAUGAAGUACCACGUGUGGCCGCGCUUCGAGCUGUACUCGGUGGCGGCCGAGCGCGAGGACCACCUGUCCAUCGUCACGCUGGAGGAGGCGCCGUUUGUCAUCGUGGAGGACGUGGACCCGCUCAGCGGCACCUGCAUGAGGAACACCGUGCCUUGUCGGAAACAGCUCAAAGUCAGCAACCAGACGGGCGAUUCGGGCAUCUACAUCAAGCGCUGCUGCAAAGGUUUUUGCAUCGACAUUCUCAAGAAGAUCGCCAAGGCGGUCAAGUUCACCUACGACCUCUACCUGGUCACUAACGGUAAACACGGCAAGAAGGUGAACGGGACGUGGAAUGGCAUGGUCGGAGAGGUGGUGCUUAAGAACGCUCACAUGGCGGUGGGCUCGCUCACCAUCAACGAGGAGAGGUCAGAGGUCAUCGACUUUUCCGUGCCCUUCAUCGAGACGGGGAUUAGCGUCAUGGUUUCCCGGAGCAACGGCACCGUCUCACCUUCUGCCUUCUUAGAGCCCUUCAGUGCCGACGUGUGGGUGAUGAUGUUUGUGAUGCUGCUGAUCGUGUCCGCCGUGGCCGUCUUCGUGUUUGAGUACUUCAGCCCGGUGGGUUACAAUCGCUGCCUGGCAGACGGCAGAGAGCCCGGCGGUCCCUCCUUCACCAUCGGAAAGGCCAUCUGGCUGCUUUGGGGUCUGGUGUUCAACAACUCGGUUCCGGUGCAGAAUCCCAAAGGUACCACCAGCAAGAUCAUGGUGUCGGUGUGGGCCUUUUUCGCCGUCAUCUUCCUGGCAUCCUACACUGCCAACCUGGCAGCCUUCAUGAUCCAGGAGGAGUACGUGGACCAGGUGUCGGGCCUGUCGGACAAAAAGUUCCAGAAGCCUAACGAGUUCUCGCCGCCGUUCCGCUUUGGCACCGUGCCCAACGGGAGCACGGAGCGCAACAUCCGCAACAACUACCGGGACAUGCACAGCUACAUGACCAGCUUCCACCAGAAGAACGUGGACGAGGCCCUGUACAGUCUCAAGAACGGCAAACUGGACGCCUUCAUCUACGACGCGGCGGUGCUCAACUACAUGGCGGGACGGGACGAGGGCUGCAAGCUGGUCACGAUCGGCAGCGGCAAAGUCUUCGCCUCCACCGGUUACGGCAUCGCCAUCCAGAAGGAUUCGGGCUGGAAGCGAGCGGUGGACCUCGCCAUCCUCAUGCUCUUUGGAGACGGUGACAUGGAGGAGUUUGAGGCUUUGUGGCUGACGGGGAUCUGCCACAACGAGAAGAACGAAGUUAUGAGCAGUCAGCUGGAUGUGGACAACAUGGCGGGGGUCUUCUACAUGCUCGGGGCCGCCAUGAUUCUGUCACUCAUCACCUUCAUCUGUGAGCAUUUGUUCUACUGGCAGCUGCGCUUCUGCUUCAUGGGCGUGUGUUCCGGAAAGCCCGGCGUCACCUUCUCCAUUAGCAGGGGAAUCUACAGCUGCAUACACGGAGUACAAAUUGAGGAAAACAAAUCCACCAUCGACUCACCUUCAUCCACCAUUAAGAAGAACAUGAACAACACCCACUCCAACAUCCUGCGCUUGCUCCGGACUGCCAAGGACAUGACUGCAGUGCCGGGCAUCAACGGUUCGCCGCACGCGGCCCUGGAAUACAACCACGGCGGCCGCGAUUCGGCCAUCUAUGACAUUCAGGAGCACCGGCGCAGCCUCGUCGGGCACCCUCCCGACUGCAAGACGGCACCGCCCUACAUCCAAGAGGACAACAUGUUCACGGACUACAUCGGCGAGGUGGAGAGGACUUUUGGGAACUUGCCCCUGAAGGACAACAACUUGUACCAGGACCAUUACCGGCACCACCACCCGGUCUCGGCUUUGGGUAUGUCCGGUCCCCCGCCUAAUAGGCCGCGUAGCUUAGGCAGCGCUAGCUCAUUGGAAGGCGGCAUGUUCGAUUGCGAAAGUUUAGGGGGAGGAGUUGCACCCAUCUUCACCACCCAGCCCCGCCCCUCCAUGACUCACAGGAAUACCAAUAAGUUUGACCUGAUUGCGGGUCACCCCCCCGCGGAUUCCAACCAAGUCGGGUUCAAGGGAAGCAAUGUGUACGGGAGAUUUUCGUUCAAAGGAGGCGCAUCCAGCACGGGGCUCAUCGGGGGUCAAGAGAGGUACUGCGGGGGAGGCGGGGGCGGGGGAGGCUCAGGAGGGGACGACGGAAACGUUCGCUCCGACGUGUCGGAUAUCUCCACCCACACCGUCACCUACGGCAACUUGGAGGGCAACGCCAAGCGGCAUAAGCAGUACAGGGACAGCCUGAAAAAGAGGCCGGCCUCUGCCAAGGUCAGACGGGAGCAGGACGAGAUAGAGCUGAGCGGCUUCAGGAGGAGACCCCACCACCACACCGUCCACCACCACUUCCCUCACGGGCACCUGGCACACCGCACCAUCUCACCUCCCCUGGAGCGGAAGCGAGGAGGGGGUAACGCUUCGCCUUACGUAUUCCGCAAAGACAAAGAGAACUUGAGGGAAUUCUAUGCGGACCAAUUCCGCUCUAAGGAGAGCAAGUGGGAGCAAGAGGGUGGAAGUGGAGGAAGUGGCGUGGGCGUCGGUAGCGGUGGCGGUAUCUGUAAGAGCCUAGUACCCGUGGAAGACUUUCUGAAAGGAAAAAUCAAGAAGCAGGAGUCCAAAGGUGGGCUGGCUCCCUUGUCGGCGGGCCAGCAGGCCCACACCUGCUGGGAAAAGGCCGUCUCCGGACUGGGAGGAGGCGGGAUCGCCGGAGGCGAAUGGGAGUGUCGUAGCUGCCACGGCGUCUGCCACCACGGCGGAGGCGUCGGGGGCGCGUGCCCGGCUGGCGGGAUUGGGGGGGGCGGCGUUCGCCCCACCUCCGCUAGCUGCAAGCGCUGCGACUCGUGUAAGAUCCAGCCGAGCAACCUGUACAACAUCAGCGAGGAUAACCACGUCGUGUUUCCCGCGGGGAAGAUUAACAUGGGAGCGGGCCACACGCCGACUCAGAGCAGGAAGCUAGGGCCGGGCGGGCGGGUCUUGCGCAGGCAGCAUUCUUACGACACAUUCGUAGACCUGCAGAGGGAGGGAUCGGGUCGCAAGGGAGGGGGUGGCGGGGGCCAGUUCGCCCAGCCCCGUAGUGUCAGCCUGAAAGACAAAGACCGCUACACGGAGGGCCCCAGCCCUUACGCUCAGAUGUUUGAGAGGUACGCAGGAGAAAGAGAUUCUCCCAUGUUUGGAGGAUUAGGCGGCGACAGGGCUAAAGGGGGCUCCUCCUUUAGUUUGUUUCGCGGAGGCGAAGAUAAGGUGAACCAGAACCCCUUCGUCCCAACCUUCGGCGAUGACCAGUGUCUUUUACACGGCGCCAAACCGUACUACGUCAAAAAGCCGCAGGCGCAGCAACAGCAGCAGCAGCAGCUACUCAACAACAGCCGAGGAGGAGGGGACUUCCGGGGCUCCGCGGGGGCGGCUUCUUAUUUGCCCGCGUCGGCCACGGCCGGGGUGAUGUCCAAUGUAGUAGCCCCCAGGUUCCCCAAAGAUCUGUGUCUGGGCGGGGUGGGCGGUCCCAUGGGCAACCACCUCGGGGCCAACAAGCUCAUGCCCGGGGGCCGCGACGCGUUAGGUUUGGGCCAAAGACCCUUCAACGGUGCCAGCAACGGACACGUCUACGAAAAGCUCUCCAGCAUCGAGUCGGAUGUCUGAGGCCAGGAGAGACGCGCGACGAAAGUGGGUGAAGAUCGAUGGAAAACUGAGAAGAAACAAAAAAAAAAAACUAAAAUCCUCUUUUGUGAGCGGAGAAGGUCAAGAAGACACCAGUGGGUUUUGUCGGUCGUCACGCCACUAAACGCAACCGUCUGGAGCGCCCUCAAAGCCGAACUUGUGAGGAUUGCGGUGCUGGGAAGGAGGUAGGGCUAGAAAGACCGAGGCGAGAAGGGGGCCGGGGCGGUAGGGGGCGCCCUGCUCGCGUUACACGCUCCUUGUUCCAAGACAACGGGAUUUACAAUCAUCAAUGAGACGUCAACACUGCUGAAGUAACAGGGGUCAAGGAUCCGAGGUGAGGUCGACUUUGGGCGUGAAGAUGGGCCCGCCGUGAGUUGGACACGGCCACAUUCCUCUCUACAGACAAUUUAGAGCUCCCCA